CAAUAACAGCGUUAGCCCAGCCCGGCCCACUCGAGAUGCUUGCCGCGGGGGCACUUGACUCUCCUCCCCGUCUCUUCCCCCAACAACCCCAACGCCCCACGCAAACCUCCCACGGCGAAUCCCCGAUGCUUCCCCUCGUCGGCGCAUGAGCUUCCUCCGCGCGCUCGCAGACUCCCUCUCCUCGCUGUUUGCCCCGUCUCCCGAGGCGCCCAUGGCCGACGCGGCGCCGCCGCCGCCGUCCGCGGCCGCGGUGGUGGGGGAGCGCGUGGCGGUGAAGCUCAGGGGCUACUUCGAGCUGGCCAAGGAGGAGAUCGACAAGGCCGUGCGCGCCGAGGAGUGGGGCCUCCCCGAAGACGCCGACGCCCACUACCGCAACGCCCUCCGCGUCAUGCUCGAGGCCAAGGCCGCGCGCGUCCCCGACGCCGUCUCCUCCAGCGAGAGGGGGCAGGUGAGGAUGUACCAGGAGAAGAUCGCCAAGUGGCAGACGCAGGUCGAGGAGCGGCUCAGGGUGCUCGGCCGGAGGAGUGGAGCGGCUGCACCAGUCCCGAAGAAGGUUGCUACAAACAACCAUUUAAAUAGGCCUGAGAGACCAGCAUCGACUAGCUUCAGUAAGUCAACUUUGCAAUCUAGACCUACCUUUAACAGAGGUGGUCAAGCAUCAUCUCACCAGAAUAGCAAUGGCGGUUCCAAGCCAAUGCAAAAAGCUGGUGGAAAGGAUGAUGACAAGCUUGUCGAAAUGAUAAAUACGACAAUUGUGGAUAGAAGUCCUUCUGUUAAAUGGGAUGAUGUUGCUGGUCUUGACAAGGCAAAGCAAGCACUCAUGGAAAUGGUUAUCUUACCUACUAAGCGAAGGGAUUUAUUCACCGGUCUUCGCAGGCCUGCCAAAGGGCUGCUUCUCUUUGGCCCUCCUGGGAAUGGAAAAACAAUGCUUGCGAAAGCUGUUGCAUCAGAAUCUGAAGCGACUUUUUUUAAUGUUUCGGCUUCUUCAUUGACAUCAAAGUGGGUAGGGGAGGCUGAAAAGCUUGUUCGGACACUUUUCAUGGUUGCCAUCGAUAGACAACCAUCUGUUAUUUUCAUGGAUGAGAUUGAUAGCGUCAUGUCUACAAGGUUAGCUAACGAGAAUGAUGCAAGCAGGCGACUGAAAUCUGAAUUCCUUAUCCAGUUUGAUGGGGUGACUUCCAACCCAGAUGAUUUAGUAAUUGUUAUAGGAGCUACUAAUAAACCACAAGAGUUGGAUGAUGCUGUUCUUCGAAGGCUGGUAAAAAGAAUAUAUGUGCCACUACCUGAUCCAAAUGUACGAAGGUUACUUCUAAAAAAUCAGCUGAAAGGACAAGCAUUCAAAUUGUCCAAUCAUGAUUUUGAGAGACUUGCUGUGGAGACUGAAGGAUAUUCUGGAAGUGACCUGAGAGCCUUGUGUGAGGAAGCUGCAAUGAUGCCAAUCAGAGAGCUUGGUCCACAGAAUAUUCUUACUAUUAAAGCAAACCAGCUACGGCCAUUGAAAUACGAAGAUUUCAAGAACGCGAUGACUGCGAUCAGGCCCAGCUUGCAGAAGAGCAAAUGGGACGAGCUGGAGAAAUGGAACGACGAAUUCGGUUCAAGCUGACAAUCAUAACAUCCCCCCAUGUUUUAUCAUCCAGUUUCAGUUUGGCAUGUAAAUAACUCCCUUGUCGUAAUUAAAUGGCUCCAGAGUUGCAAGUGGUCACACACACACACACAACGCCCAUUGAAGCAUCCGAUUUUUAUAUAAGAAUGUAAACGUUGUACAAGAAAAGAAAAUCUACUUCAUGAGACCUUCCAGAUCAAGCACAGUUAAUUACAGA